AUUCGAUUGCUAUGGCGUACCAGGAAGGGGAGACGCUUGAAUCCUGGCUCAAUAAAGCCACCCAUCCAUCAAACAGACAAGAGGACUGGGAGUACAUCAUAGGCUUCUGUGACCAAAUCAACAAGGAGCUUGAAGGCCCUCAGAUUGCAAUACCACUGCUUGUCCAUAAAAUCCACUCACCGCAGGAAUGGGAGGCUCUCCAGGCUCUUACAGUGAUGGAGGCGUGCAUGAAGAACUGCGGGCGGAGGUUUCACAACGAAGUCGGGAAAUACAGAUUUCUAAAUGAACUGAUAAAAGUCGUAUCUCCAAAGUACAUGGGCGACAGUGCGCCUGAGAAGGUGAAGACAAAGAUCGUAGAGAUGCUAUACAGCUGGACUGUUGCUUUCCCUAAUGAGCCCAAGAUCAACGAAGCCUACCAGACCCUGAGAAAACAAGGGCUGGUGACAUGUGACCCGGAGUUACCUCUGGACCGGACGUUGAUGCCCUCUCCUCCCACACGGCCCAAGCACCCAGUAUUUGACAACGAGGACAUGGGGAAGCUCCUGGCUGAGCUUCUUCGCAGCAAAAAUCCAGAAGACCUCCAGGAGGCCAACAGGCUGAUUAAAAACAUGGUGAAAGAGGAUGAGGUCCGGGUGCAGAAGUUCACAAAGCGUGUGAGCACACUGGAGGAGGUGAACAUCAACGUCAAGCUGCUCUCCGAGAUGCUCUCCCAUUACCAUAAAGACCGCUCGUCUGAGUCCGACAAGGAGAUUAUUAAGGAACUAUACGAGCGCUGUGACAAGUUGAGGCGGGCCGCUUUUAAAAUGGCCACCGAGGCCGAGGACAAUGACACCAGCUUAGGUGACAUCCUGCAGGCGAGCGACGACCUCUCCAGGGUCAUCAACUCCUACAAGAGGGUCGUGGAGGGGCUGCCCGUCAACGGCGACAGCGAGGAGGCACGCGGCAGCCACGCCCAGAGCGAGACCACCGACACCCUGAUCGACCUGGCGGAUCCAGACACUCCCAGCCCUCCCCGGCCCGCCGCCCCUCCUCCCCCGAUGAGCGCCAUUCCCCUCGCCGACCAUCUGUCGGAUCCCUCCUUCCCCGCCCUGCCGCCUCCCCCCAAGCAAAGCUCGCUGGGGGGCAGCCCGAGUCACCCGCCGCUGGAGACCACCUCCUCCAAGGCGCUCUUGCUUCUUGAUAACGAGCUGCUGUCUCUGGGACUCAGUGACGGGCCUCCCUCCUCUCUGAGCAGCCAUUCUAAACCCAAGCUCGGCGAAGCGUCUCAUCAGUGGAGCUCAUUGCAGGCCCCAGCGUUCGGGGGUGCAGCCUUGCCUGUGGCGGAAUCAGCCGCCACAUCACUCCAGGACUUCCAAGACCUGGCCAUGAUGGGCUUCGCAGACCACAAGAGUUUUUCCAGUCCGAUGAUGAUGAGCAACAGUUAUGGGAUGUCGGCAGUAGCUCCUCCUCCUAUGGCCGCACAGAGCUCCGCCUCCUCCACCUCGCUCCUCCAGGGCGUGAUGCCUGCUUCUCCCGCACUGACCCACACCAUGGCCUCCGCCCCGGGCAGCCCGCUCUUCCGCUCCCUUUCCCCGUCGCUCCUGAUGGGGAGCCCGGCCAGAGCCGCAGAAAUCUCCCUGAGCAGCGUGCACGUCCCCCUGGAGGCCAUCAGACCCAGUCAAGUGUCGCCAGUCACCGCCUACGAUAAAGACGGCGUGCGGGUUCUGCUCAACUUUGCGUCGGACUCUCCCCCCGGCAGACCCGACGUCUUGGUGAUGGUGGUGUCCAUGCUCAACACAGCGCCCCUCGCUGUUCAUGGUGUAGUACUGCAAGCCGCCGUUCCCAAGUCAAUGAAGGUGAAGCUGCAGCCUCCAUCAGGAACAGAACUGGCCCCGUUUAACCCCAUCCUGCCCCCGGCCUCCAUCACACAGAUCAUGCUAUUGGCCAAUCCAACAAAGGAGAAGGUGCGCCUGCGCUACAAGCUGGCUUUCACGCUGGGAGAUCGACCGUGUAACGAGGUCGGGGAGGUGGACCAGUUCCCCCCAGCGGAGGCGUGGGGUCACCUAUAGCGGCCAACCAGGACACUCCCAAUUCCAGUCCCAUCCAAGUGAGUUAGACCAAUCAUCCCAUAUAUAAAGAAUAUGGAGAUGUUGUAUUCAUGCGGUUAUAAAAACAGUUUUGUCUUAUCGUUAUAUUAUUGAAGGUUAUUCAAAUAUUUGUAACUAUUUAUAGAGAGCUUAUAUGCUUUUGUAAGUAGCCAACAAAAUAAACACUGGAAAUGAGAACAUGUACUGAGUCAGCAUAACAGAUGUAGACUGUCAUGGAGAAUGCAUUUGAUUUUUUAUUCAUCUAAAAGGGGUGUCAAAGUCAUUUUAGCUCAGGGGCCGCAUGGAGGAACAUCAAAUCAUGGCAUUAAAACUACAAAAUAAAGACAACUUCAGAUUGUUCUCUUUGUCUUUGGCCAAAAAUAGAACAAACACAUUCUGAAAAUAUUACAAUAAAAAUAUAGACAAAACUACCGGCAGUGGUAAAGUUUAGAUCCAUGAAGGGAAGAAGAAAUUGAAUGAAUGUUUAUAACUGAAUACAUUUACGUAUGCAUACAUUUCUAUUUUUUUUUAUUGUGUUAUUUUUAUUGAAUUAAGUAACAUUUAUGACAACCGUUUUCCAAAACACAAUAUACAAUGUGAGAUAUAAAAGGAUAAUGCAUAUAUUUGGAAUUUUAGUUUUUUACUGAAUGAAACACCCAAAAUGUACAUGAAAAUAAAGAAAGUGGGAUUGACAAUAUUAACUAUGAACAAUAAAACACUGAAUAUUAAGAACAUAUGAACGUUGCUCCUCUUUUACUUCUCAGACCACAUAAAAAUGUGUUUAUUAUUUUUUUAAUGAUUUAAGUAACGUUUAUAACAACCUUUUUCCAAAACACAAUAUAGAAUGUGAGAUAAAACAGCAUACAUUUAUCAUUUGUUUUCAAAACACUUACAAAAAAGUGGGACCCCAAAAAUUUUACUGUGGGACCCCAUUUUUAUGACUUCAUGGGGUCCCCGGGACCCCAUUAGGGAAAUUCGUAGCGCCAACACUGACCACAAAAAAAUUGAAUAAAAUUUUAGUUUUUUACUGAAUAGGAAAUGUACAUGAAAAUAAAGAAAGUGGGAUUUACAAUAUUAACUAUGAACAAUAAAACACUGAAUAUUAACAACAUAUGAACGUUGCUCCUCUUUUACUUCUCAGACCACAUAAAAAUGUGUUUCCUUUUGUAUUAUUUUUUUUUUUAUGAAUUAAGUAACGUUUAUGACAACCUUAUGUGAGAUAUAACAGGAUAAUGCAUACAUUUAUCAUUUGUUUUCAAAACGCUUACAAAAAAUGGGACCCCAAAAAUUUACUGUGGGACCCCAUUUUUAUGACUUGAUGGGGUCCCCGGGACCCCAUUUGGAAAAUUCCAAGCGCCAACACUGUCCUCAAAAAAACAGAAAGAAAUCUUUACAGUUUUUUACUGAAUGAAACACCCAAAAUGUACAUGAAAACAAAGAAGUGAGAUUGACAAUAUUAACUAUGAACAAUAAAACACUGAAUAUUAACAACAUAUGAACGUUGCUCCUCUUUUACUUCUCAGACCACAUCUUUUACAAUCGAGCAAAACAACAAAAAUGUAACAGACAGUUUUACCAGAUUGCCCAUGAAAUGUAUCAUUUGUUUUCAAAACAGUUACAAAAAAGUGGGACCCCAAAAAUGUACUGUGGGACCCCAUUUUUAUGACUUAAUGGGGUACCCCAUUUAUAAAAUUGCUAGCGCCAACACUGAUGGAGUAUUGGUGCAUGCAAAACAGCAGCAGGCGGCUGUGGCUUGUGGGCCGCUUCUAAUACUAAUCAAAUAUCAUCCCGGGGGCCACAGAUAACUAAACGGGCCUUGACUUUGACACCCCUGAUUUACCCAAACCAUCCCGUUGCUGUAUUUGCCACUAGAACACAAUCUUUUGUAAUUUGCUUUAAAAAAAAAAAAAAAAAAGGGCAAACCAAUAGCACUUUAAACCUGAGUCCUAAUGACCAAUAAUGUAAUACAGCUUUUAUUUCUUUUGACUCACUGAACAUUGAACCUCCACAAUGUGACAAGAAAUAUUCAGACUCCGGUUAAAAGAAUGGUAAGCAGUGACAACCAUGUCGGCUCCUUAACUCAUUUGCACAUGAGACAUACUGAAGUGUGUGAACUUGACGUGUAAAUAAAAUAUUGUGUAUUGUUUGUGAAUAUGUGACAUGUAGAUUUGUACAUUUUGUUUGACUACUGCAUGAAAUAAAGACA